AUGGUAGACUGGAACUCAACUGAGGAGAUCACCAGGGACGCUCAGGUAUUCAAUAAUCUCGUCCACACCGUCAUCGGCCUUUAUCUGUGGGAGUGGGCGAGCACGUUGUGGUUCGAUUGGGAGAUUUACACUAGAAAACGUACCUUUCGUUGGCCUAUGAUUUUCUAUCUGUUGAACCGCUAUACCAUGGUCGGGACAGCCAUAGGAAUGCUCAUAUCUCAGAACUCGAAAGACCCGACCAUGAACUGCACGGCGCUGUAUACGUAUAUUCAGUUCGUAGGCGAUGCGUCGGUGGCAUUGCCGAGUCUGAACCUAUCCAUCCGUACCAUGGCCGUCUGGUCUGAUAACAAAUUCGUCAAGUACGGCCUCAUUCUGGUUAUCCUCGGGCACUGGGCUAUUUUGUUCCAAGGUCUCUCGGUCACCGCCAUCGGCGUUCCCGGCUCUGGAUGCACGAUUGCAAAGACGAAUCUGAAGAUCAGCAUCGUUCUGUUCAUUUAUACGAUGUCCUUCGACUUCGUCACUAUGCUGCUCAACUUGGUCAAGCUCGCGCGCCCUGCGGCCGGACAUAGCUCACUGACAAGGCUGCUAUUCACCGAUGGCCUGGUUUACUUCUUCAUUGCCUUCGUUUUCAACACGAUAGGUACCGUGUUCAUGGUUCUGAGUCUCAAUCCGGUCAUGAGUAUCAUUUUCGUCGUGCCUGCUGCUGUUGGCUCCACGAUUGUCGCUGGACGAGCGUUCAGACGCCUCAGUAAUUUUGGACAACAAGCUGUGAGCGUAUAG